AUGCCUUGGCGCCAGAGGAGAUCCGACGCCUUCUACGGAUAUACGCCUGAGCCAAUUGGCCACCACCACCACACCGGACGAUACUGCCACAGCCACCAGAUCAGACGUGCCGCCGCCAUUCGACAAGUCCAGCGUCCCAUCUGCCCCAUGGCUGUUGUCGUUGCAGGCCCACGCGCAGCCGAGGCCACUCCCAUGCGCCCUUUUGCAUGUGUACGCCCUACGGCCAACUCCGGCGCCCCCCCAGGCCAGUCCCUCGUCUCGCAUCGCCCGCCCGUUGGCAGACGGUACCUACAGCAGCCAAGCAAACGGUAG